AUGAACUGUGUGGAGCAGACGGGCUUGGCACACCGAGUACAGCGAGAGUUCUGUGGGAUACAUGCUGUUCAUACUUCCGCAACAUAUAUUUUGGUUCCCCGUCGACAAAGCGGGACUAUAUGACAUCGCAGCUCGGUCUCUAUGUUUGAUAGAGCCAAAUACACAACUUUACCCUUUAAUCUCUCGGAUAGUAGCACGCACAACAAGACUGAAACAUUUGGAAGAAAUUGUUUCGUCCGUCGGCGAAGAUUCGCUAGUUGACGAUGAUUUUUGCGAAUUCUGGCAACCCAGUGAGGACAUCGCAUAAUCGUAAACAGCCCCCUGUUGGCCACGCCUCCCACCCGAUGGCUCCGCCCAGUCCUGGAACCAACAGCAGCACCAAUCACAGCAGCAGCAGCAGCACUGCCGGCUGGGAUCAGCUCAGCAAAACGAACCUGUACAUCCGUGGGUUGCCCCCGACGACCACUGACCAUGACCUGGUCAAACUCUGCCAGCCGUACGGAAAAAUUGUUUCAACAAAGGCCAUCUUAGACAAAACCACAAACAAAUGCAAAGGGUAUGGCUUUGUGGAUUUUGACAGCCCGGCUGCAGCUCAGAAAGCCGUCAGCGCUCUGAAGAGCAGUGGAGUUCAAGCACAGAUGGCAAAGCAACAGGAACAGGACCCCACUAAUCUUUACAUCUCUAACCUCCCUCUGUCUAUGGAUGAGCAGGAGUUAGAGAGCAUGCUGAAGCCCUUCGGACAUGUAGUCUCCACACGUGUCCUGCGCGACGCCAACGGUGCCAGCCGAGGGGUCGGAUUUGCAAGGAUGGAGUCGACAGAGAAAUGUGAAGCCGUCAUCUCACACUUCAAUGGCAAAUUUCUGAAAACACCAGCCGGAGUUAUGGCUCCGUCAGAGCCUUUGCUGUGCAAGUUUGCAGAUGGAGGACAGAAGAAGAGACCGAGUCAAAAUAAAUAUAUGCAGAAUGGACGAGGCUGGACUAGAGAUGGGGAGACCAGACUUGCUGGAAUGACCCUCACUUACGACCCCACAACAGCUGCUAUGCAAAAUGGAUUCUAUCCGACCACCUACAGUAUUACAAACAGAAUGAUCUCACAGACCCCCAUAUCUCAAUACAUCUCACCUAUGUCCACAUACCAGGUACAGAACCCAUCCUGGGUCGCCCAUCAGCCCUACAUCAUGCAGCAUCCAGGAGCGGUGAUAUCGCCCUCUAUAGAUCAUAUGUCACUGCAGCCCACGUCUAUGAUGAGUCCUCUAACCCAGCAGAUGAGUCACCUCUCAAUGGGCAGUGCAGGAACUUUUAUGACAGCCAGUCCAGCUCUGCAGGGUCCGUACAUCCCUUCAUACACUCAUAUGCAGACCAAUGCAGUCUCAGUAGAGGAGAACAGUCCACAACCUCAGAUGGAAUCGUCCAGUGAUUCACCUUAUACCUAUCAACAGGCCAUGUGAUGAAGAGGGUUCUUCGGGGUCGAGAGCGAGUCAGGCAACUGCUAAAUCAACAACAGCUUUCUGAAGGACCGGCUCUACCGAUGAGUCCACAUUUGCACAGGUUCUUCAAUGAGUUCCUCGGUUUUGUAAUUAAUCAACUUCGACUAUUUUGGUAUAAGUUCCACUAGGUGCAAAUAAAGGAUUCAUCAAAGGAUGCUAACUCUCAAAGAAGACAAAAAAAACGUUUUAUUUUAAUAAGGAAAAAUGCUUAUUUUUUAUCAAGAAUUGUCACAUAGAUGCAGGAAUUUUGUGCAGAGAUGUCCUUUGUUUUUAUUUUUAUGAUUUCAGAUGUGUUCUCUUUUUCUCUUCUCUUUUGUACUUAAAUAUGCUUUUGUUUUUAGAGAUUUAUCAUCCUGAGAAAGAUGUGUUUGUGUUUGCCGUGUGAGUGUUGUUGGUGACGUGUUCUGUCGUGUGCUACAUCGUGUCAGUCUGUUCGAUCUGUCUGUAUGUCUUCUACGAUUUGCCUUAAAUUUUCCCCGUACAGUAGCUGAAGAAUAUCGCUAAGAUAAUGUCAGCUACUGCCUUGUAAAUCAGCUUGAAUAGGGCUUUUCUAGCAUCUAGCAAACGAAAACUUUCACUAUGCUUGGAUUUUCCUGUGUUUCGCUUUUUCUCUUUGGAGCUUUAAGAGUACAAACUUUUGAGUGGAUAAAAUUGAUGGAGUUUUAAUAAGAUUUAAUGUUUUUAUAAUCAAAGGGAACAAUCCUUUGGUUGUUUGAAUGUGGUAGAAAUUCUGCUGAAUGAUCACAUUUUUGAUCAUUGCCUUUUGGUUUGGUUUUGAAAUCUUGGUGUUGUAGUGUAGCUUUAGAUGAACUCGUGUGGGUGGGGGAAGUGCUUUGACUUCUAGUCCAAUUCUGGGGGCGGGGGCGUGGCCUGUCAGUCAAGCCGAAUAUCAUUUGUCAUAUUCGUUCGAAUGCAGGCAAACGUUCCGAAUAAACCUUCCAUGACAACUUUCAACAGAAAUUCGGUGGGGUUUUUCAGGAGGCAAACAAAACUCGGCACUUUCAAGUUUACUUCACCAAAGACAUUCAGCUAGCGAAUCGUGCAGAUUAAGGAUGUAACGUCAUUUUCUCUCAAGGCAGGCCAUGCGGAGACUUAACACACUUGGGGGCAGUUCAGACCGAACGUGGUCUUACAUUAACAUAAUGCAUGUGUCUUGAGAUGCAAGUUCUUUGUAACAUGACAUGGCAUCUAAAAAGUGUGGCUCCCCAGUGCAAGAUGCUAAAAAACAACGAGACACGGUGGUCAAAGAUGUCUGUCUAGAGCAUGUUUACGUAGGAAAACGGUUGGAAAAACAGCACGAGUGGACGUAAAAAUGCAUUUGGUGUGAACGGCCCCUUAGAUUGCAGUUUGAAGAAUGUGCCUUCUUUGUACAUAAGCAUUCAGCUGUCUUUAGUUGUUAAGGUGUGGACAACAGUAGCAUGAAGGAUGAUUUGGAUCCAGCAAGUGCCACAAACUAAAACAACAUCACUACAGAGCGGAGAUAGCUGAAGCAAAAAUGGAAAGAGGACAGGUUGAAAGCAUGGCUCUGUUCCCAAAACCUAGUGAGCUGCCUUGCUGUCUAAUGCGUACAUAGGCAGCUGCCUUUGAAGGCAGUAUCCUAACUAAAAUGGUGACCGGUCUUAAUUGCAAUGCUUUACUUAGGUGGCAACUUUUCCGAUGCUGCCUUGGAAUACGGACAAAAGACGAUACCUAAGAAGGCAGCAUAAUCAUGCAGUACGGGAAUACGCCUGGCUUACCUUAAAAUGUUGCCUAUGUAGUCAGCUCACUAGAUUUUUGAACACAGCUUUUGUAAUUAUAAACACAAAUAUGAUAGCAAAAACAAUGCGCGACAGGAAAAUGUUUUCGUUAUGUUCUUUUUAAAAUCACAAUAUACUUUUAGCAAGGCUUUAUUGAUUAAGUUGUCUUCCAAAAGACUGUGGUUUUUGACCUGGUGGGUCUUGUUGACCGGUUAUCUACCUCAAGAGUUUUGUUCUCCUCUGUUUUGAUUGGUCAGGCUAGCAGAUUCAGCCCGUCCCUCCAGACCAAACGGGUGGCUCAGGAGCUGUCCAAAAACACUUGAUUUCUUUCAGGUUUUGUUUUUUAAGUACUUUGAACAUCAUCAUCUUCUUCUUCUUCAAAGAAACAAUUUAUUAUUAUUUUUUUUUUAAGUAUUGUUAUCGUUAUAAGGAAAGUUGUGGGUUCAACGUGUCGUUUAGCAUUCAGAUUCUUUGUUUCGAAAGCAAAAACCUCUGCUUUUUCGUCAUUGUCCAUUACAUGUGUCCUAACUAGGCGACGCAAUAUUACACCAAGAGAUAUAAGCUGUCUUCCAUGUAAAUCUUUAGUAAUUGAUAUAAUCGGUGACAUACGACAGGACGUUUUGUUUAUCGGUUAUUUCUCAGACAUCGCGCAGAGUUUCGCUGCCCACCGUAAAAUCACAUUGGUCCUAAUCAGUGUUGGGUAGGUUAUUAAAAAAAGUCAUCCACUUUGAAUUACUUCUCUAACAUCAGUUCCCUAAAAUCUAAUUAUUGAUAAGUUAUUGAGAAAAGUAAUAACAUCACUAAGUAUUUUACUUUUAAGUUACUUUCUAAAACACUUCAAGUUUGUUUUUCCACUCAGCAAAUAAACAAUUUGCUGUAUUUCCUCGUUCUUUGUCGCGCACCCCUAAUUCAGGUUUUAAAUGAAUUAUACAUAUUAUUUUAGAAAUAUGUGUAACCCAGGUAAUGUACUUAAAAGUAAUUAAUUGAACGUCAGUAACUGUACAUUACAAGAAUGUAUAAUGCAAUGUGUUACACUACUUUUUGACUUAAAAGAAUUAGGUUACACUAAUUAAUUACUUUGCAAUCAGUUUACACCCCAAACUGGUCCAAAGUUCCGCCCCACAUAAUUGUAAAUUAUCAUGCUUCUUUUGAUUGGCUGUGAUUUUGUUAUAGAUGUGCAAGUCGGUUUACCUGACCCCAGUCGGACACGUUUUUAAGGCUCUAACCCUAACCUAUACUUAGUUUUUCCUCGUGCCGUUUCGUCUCACGCAUGGUCGAGCACACAGACUUUCAAAGUAUACCUUUUUGAACGCGAACCCAUGUGGAUGCGUUUGAUGCAUGCGCACUACGACUGCUUUGUGGUACUCUUUUAGCACGGCAAAUACGUGGACAUUGCGCGCUGUCUGAUGAUGAAACGACAGUGACUAAAUUUGCGUGACGUGCACAGUGUGUGAGGAAGUAUAAUUUGGCCUUUAAUGAGCAUUUACAUAAGACAAGUUAUUGCAAAAACAGCUAGGCAGAGUGCAACCGAAUGCAUGAUGCAAGAUGCGUUGUUAAAAGUGGAACUAUUUUUAACUUGACAUGGCAUCUUUAAAACACAGCACUUGUUGCGGGACACUCAAAAAACGCCUGUUUGAAUGUGUAUGGCUGUCGCCGCUAGGGACAUAUUUUUUCAGAGAGGGCUUAACGGCUAAAGCACAGGUGAUAAAAAUAUCAAAACUAAGAAAUAAUUGAGACUACUUAAAUUAGUCAGUCUCACAAAUCGACUUUUGCGUAGUUUCGCAUUCAGUGUGGACAGACAAAUUGCCCGUCGCUGUAAACUUGUCACGUCACACCUGGUUAGGACACGGUGUCAGGAAAGAAAGCGCGAGAGAGAAUGCGAGCGUGCUAGAAAGCUGAAAGUUGUGGAUUUCCCUCGAUCUGUACUCCCAAGACAUCACUGUUUUUUCGGUCAUCGUCCAGACAGACUUAGCGUAAUCCGCCAUGCUCAGCUCAUCGAGUCGCUGAGUGCAUUAAUGAAGUGUGUGUGUUUGUGUGUCUGUGGUACCGAAUGAAAGUUACUAUGGGUUCUUGUGUGGGUCAUGCUGCUAGUAACAACAGAAUCCGAAGUGCCAAUCUGCAUCCGGGUCAGAAGAGAUGGACAGAGGUGUGUGUGUGUGCAGAGAGACAUGCUCAUGACUAUGAAAAAUCAUGUUCUAGACAGCCAUUAAGUUAUAUGAAAAAGUAAUAAUUUAUGAAGAGAGAACUUUUGUACAGACUGUUUGAAAAAAUAAAAACAAUAAAAAAAAGAUUUUCAUAGAGAGAUCUAUAUGAGAGUUAAUUUUGUAAUUUUUCUUUCUGUCUGUUUUACAUGUGCCACACGCUUGCCAGUGGUAACUUGUACAUUCGAUUUAUCAGAAACCUUCUGUAAUUUUUUUUUUCGAAUGUUUAAAGCCAAAAAAGCUUUUUCUUUCCCUUUUCCCCCCUUGUUUCCAGUAAAUUAAUUAAGCUUUAUUUCUGUUAAUUUCUUGAAGAACUUUUGAAUAAAAACACAUUUUUUUUGUUUUAUUCAUGUUGUGUUUGUGUGGUCCAUUAGCUCCUGAUCUCAUAGAUAAUGUAAAACACGUGAGUGAACGUGAAAAUGUAAAGAUUGUGAUUUUCAGGCAUGUUUAAAAAAAUGUUUAGCCUAUUUUUAAGAUUUACGAUCUCAAUUUUGUAACAAAAUUCCAUCAAAUUUAAUUGUUUAAUUUGUUAAUAAAAAAAAAAUAUUAAACUUAAAAUAUUUAGGUUUUUAAAUUGCAUUUUAGUAAAUAUUAUUCAAUUUAAUUUGAUAGAAUUUUGUUAUGUAAUUGAAAUGUGCAAAUCUUAAACAUUUUUUUUAUUUUUUUUUAUGUGCAUGGAAAAGUCAUGGAAAUUGAUAAAACCUUAAAGAACCCAUUAAAAAUGUAUAUACAUUCUGCGGACAA